AUGGCCACCACUCUCGGGCAACCUCCCUUUUUCACCUACUUCGCUUGGGACAGCUCCUCCAAUGCAGCUCAAUUGGAAGGCGCUAUGAAUGGCUUAUUCCAGGCCGGUGGUCCAGACACUCCAGCAGCAAGUGCCGCUGUACUCUUCCUAUUCCAGCAUAUCGCUUCAAUGUUGCUUUUCCGCCUCCUGCGAUUUUACCUCACUGCGAGCUUCAUCUUCGUAUUGUCCAGAGACAUUGCUAAGUUGUUUGACAACUCUGUUGAGCCCGCUAAUGUCAAGGCCGUUACUAAGCAGAUCGAAGUUGUCUAA